AGGAAUGGCGCUCGGCGCGGUAUUUUGAACAAUCGCCUUUUUUUUCUCCUUCUCCUCGUUUUGUCUCGGAAAAGAAGCUUUGCUCGGCGUCACAAAAACUCUGGGGGAUCAAAAGAAAGCUGAGACUCUGCCAGCAUGGAUGUGGUGUCACCAGAGCUCAACAGCCUCCUUCCUGAUGAGAUCAUGGACACCGAGGCCAUAGAAGAUGUCGCUCAGCCCCAACCCGCCGACGACACGUCAGUCCCCAUGGAGACGGACACACCGAUGGCCUCGGAAAGUUUGACCCUCUGCUCGGACGCCGCUCCAGCAUAUCACACUCAGGCUCUGACCGCCUCCACGGACUCCACACACAGCGUCACCGCCGGAGGUCAGCUUCCCAUCUCUAUUUCGAGCGCGCCGUCGCCUCUUCUCACCCUCAAACCGGCCUUGGCCACAUCAACAACAACGACCAAAACCACAGACAGCGUGACGGGGACGAGCAUCACCACGAGCGGCUUACAGAAGCUCACGGCUCCCUUCACCAUCUCCGCCGCCAACCAUCAGAUCAUUCUCAACAAGGUGGCGUCAUCUCAAGCCAGCGAGGCGGCGAAAUCUGCCGGCAACGCGCCGCAAGUCAUCAAGCAUGAAGGACAGAAACUUUUGGUGACGGCGAUCGGGAAGUCGGGGCAGCCGAUCGUGCUGCAGCUGCCGCACACCGGCAACAAGCCCGGCAUCGCACAGACUUCAGGAGACGCCAAAUCGCCGACGCCGCAGUUUAAAGUUGUGACCAUCGGCGGGAGGUCGGAGCUGAAGCCGGUGGUGGGGAGCGUCGGCAAUCAGCUGACCACGUUACAGGCUCAGCAGCUGAAGACUGUGCAGAUCGCGAAGAAAACGCCGACAUCCUCAGCUGCACCGAUCAAAUUCAUCAUCACGAAAACGGUUAACAGUAAAGGUCUGAGCCCUCAGACGUCAGUGAGUCCCAUCAUAGCAGGUCGAGUCCUGACCCAGAACUCUCAGGUGAUGCCUCCGAGGACCAUCACUCUGUCGGAGCCUCACAACACUACGAUACAGAGUCUCCCCGGCAAAAAGAUCGCCAUCUCGCCCCUGAAGACCCCCAGCAAAGUGACCGUUGUGUCCGUGGCGUCGCCGACCUCCAACGCCUCUCAGAAGUCCGUAGCGUUGCCCGUUAACGUAGCACUCGGCCAGCAGAUCCUCACAGUCCAGCAGUCCACAUCUGGAUCUCCGGUCAAGGUGGCAACGAGCCAGACCGCCGCACAGGGUAUGAAACCGGUGCAGUCUGUAGCGGUGGGAGGAAUGGGCGGCUCCCAGUUCAAGACCAUCAUCCCUCUGGCCACGCAGCCCAACGUGCAGCAGAUUCAGGUCCCAGGAAGCCGCUUCCACUACGUCCGCCUGGUCACAGCGACCACCGCCAGCAGCACGGGACAACCCAGCGGUCCCAGCACCAGCUCCUUACAGACAGCUAAACCGAUGGUGGUGAGUACAGGAGCAGUGAGGAUGUCUGUCCCAAUCGUCCCGGCACAGACCAUUAAACAGGUGGUUCCUAAACCUUUAACAUCAGCAACACAAGUCGUCACCACCAAUCAGACCCAGCAGCGCCUCAUCAUGCCCGCGACGCCGCUACCGCAGAUCCAGCCCAACUUCACCAACCUGCCUCCAGGAACCGUCCUGGCGCCGGCUCCCGGAGGCGGGAACGUUGGCUACGCGGUGGUUCCAGCACAAUAUGUCACACAGCUCCAGCAGUCGCCGUUCGUGACCCUCGCCAGCAGCUCUGGUUUCCCCCCGUCCACUGGUAUCCAGACUCAGGCCAGAUUACCGCUCAACGGAUUGUCAACGGCAGAAUCGACGUCACGACCGAGAAAACCCUGCAACUGCACCAAGUCACAGUGUCUCAAACUAUACUGCGACUGCUUUGCAAACGGAGAGUUCUGCAAUAAUUGUAACUGUAAUAACUGUUUCAAUAACCUGGAACAUGAAACCGAACGUCUCAAAGCUAUAAAGACGUGUUUGGACCGAAAUCCAGAAGCCUUCAAACCUAAAAUCGGUAAAGGUAAAGAAGGCGAGUCGGACCGGCGACACAGUAAAGGUUGUAACUGCAAACGAUCGGGCUGCCUGAAGAACUACUGCGAAUGCUACGAGGCGAAGAUCAUGUGCUCGUCCAUCUGUAAGUGCAUCGGCUGUAAGAACUUUGAAGAGAGUCCGGAGAGGAAGACGCUGAUGCAUUUGGCCGACGCGGCGGAAGUGAGAGUCCAGCAGCAGACGGCGGCUAAAACCAAACUGUCGUCGCAGAUCUCAGACCUGCUGAUGAGGACGACGCCGGUUAUUUCAAGUGGAAGUGGGAGGCUUCCGUACACGUUCGUGACGAAGGAGGUGCUCGAGGCGACGUGCGAGUGUCUGCUGGAACAGGCGAAGAAGGCGGAGCACGCCCAUCAGCCUCAGGUGGAGGCGGAGCGGAUGAUCCUGGAGGAGUUCGGACACUGCCUCAUGAGGAUAAUCAGCUCGGCGGGGAAAGCCAAAGCGGACUGCGCCUCCAUCAACUGCUAAAGCUGAGCGGAGCACGCUGCUACUCUGGUGCUCUGGUUCUCCCCGCCACACACCCUCCUUAAAAAAAUAAACCCACCCGCCAACCAGCAACUUAUUGCAGGACGUGGGGGGCGAAAAAGAGAGAGAGAGGGAGAGUCAUGGAUUACUCUGCAACCUCUCUCCUCUCUCUCGCUCGCUCUCUCCUGCAGGGGGGAAACGGGUCGUCUCCUUCAUCAGAAGGCAGAACAGAACAAUGACCUUCUUCCCCCCUAAAAGGGGAGUAGACGGGGACUCCCCCUCGUGCUGGCCCAGAUGGAAUAAUAAACAGUCAUUUGCACUGUUCACCUACUUUUUAAAGUAACUUGAAGGACAGAUGGACAGAGCUAGAAAUGCCUCUGAUAGGAAAAUAAAAAACGCCUUCACAUUAAUGAAUUAUUCUGGCUGUAAAGGACAGAACAGACUCAGAAUAAGGUAGUGCUUAAAAAAAAGGAAGUCUUUCACUUUAUUUCACCCCUCUACAAAAGGCUCUAUCUUCAAACUUUCAAACGUUUUCUUCCAUUUUUUUUCUAUUUUUCUUUUCUUUUCUUUCCUAAAUUUGAGUUGUUGUAUUUUUUGUUAUUAUUAUUUUGUGGGAGGGGGAGAAAAAAAAUAAGCCUGUAAUUUUUAUGUAUAAUCAGUAUAUUUGUGCUUUUUUUUUGUUUUGUUUUUUAGUAGAUAAAACGGAACCUGUAUCUUUUUUUUCUCCUUUUUUCCCCUGUUUUUUUUUUAAUAUUUAUUUUGACAUA